CUUCGGGUGUCAGUCAAGGCUUCCAUCAUGGAAGACCAACCUUAUCCAAACAUGGAUGUCGAUGACUUGUUCGGUGAUGCUGAGCAGGUGACACUGCCAAAUAUUAAUGUCAUGUCUGUUCCGCCCGUCAAGGGUCUUGCAAAACGACUCGAUGAGCUUAGCACCAGCGGAUGCUCCGCUAAGAUGGCAUGGUCCAAAAACGGCUGUGUGGCAUAUAUUACCCCGGAUUGCUACUCUGUCCAUCUUCGUGUCUUUUCAAGAGACCCUUCCACGGGCAAAUGGGAUCUAGCAAAGGCUACCCCGAUAGAUGUCCCUCAUGGCCAGGACGAGUUUCCCUUCGUCCAUGUUUCCUGGAGCAAUCUAGGCAAUGACCUUGCCAUUAUCAAUGCUGCUGGUCAUGUCAUGAUUUUCUCUUGCGUCAUGGCCUUGGACCGCAUGAGCUAUAUGCGCUCAGAGCUCACUCACCACGACGCAGAGAAAGACCUCGUUAUAGGCAUGCAUUGGCUGGCCAUUGUACCUCAUGAACAACAGAAUCAAAUAGCUUGGUCAGCAAACAGAAUUGGGGAUACCUGGAGUUUUCACAUCGAGCAGCAUCAUUUCAAGCACAUGCACCAUCCAGCUGACCAAAAGGCUGCUCUAAUUUACCUCAAGUCCCAAGGCGAUCUGAGAAUACGUUUUCAACAGCCAGAUAGUAGCUGGCACGAAGUCAGUGCUCCACUUGGGUGGUCGCUUUCUACCCGCGAAGCUUUCACUCAUGCGGCUUUUGCCUCUAAUGGCGAUGAUACUCUUUUGUUGGCUGCAUAUGAAGUAUCUGGCAGGUUGCACCUUUACCGAAUCGAGACUACCUGGAAUGUGCCGCCGACAAAGCCCGGUCAGCAACCCCCGAAACAAUAUGACAAGCCUGAAAUCACUGUGUCACUUCUCCAAACUGAAGACAGUUGUUACCCGACAAUGAUCAGUAGCGAUUUGAACGGUGAAGGGGAGUCAAGAGUCAGGCUUCCAGCACAACUCACCCAUCUUGACUUUCAGCCCGCAACCCCAGGAAAGGUUGAGGGAUCAACUCCCACAGUUCAAGCCAUCUUUUCUUCUCCACCUAGCAGUGCGACUUUAGACCAGACCCAACCAACCCAGAACUCAUUCAGCAUUGUUGCACGAUGGGAAGUACAUCAGUCGCAAAGCAACACCCUCCACCCCAGUCUCGACAAAGUCUCCUCCAAAAAGAAAAACAUAAGUACUGUGCCUGCGCGUAGUGCAUGGACUCUCAAGCGCCAGGAAGAUAGCAUGAUGCACUCUGUCAUACUAUCUUUCACUCCAAUCUGGUACAGCAUGGUCCUUGGGUUUGUAUAUAGCGACGGAACCAUCGAGUUCCGCAAGCGACAAACGAUGGCCAUCAUAUCCCCGGACUACUCGACGGAAAAUAUCACUUCCAUGUCGCAAUCCGGAUUUGCCUUCUCGGCCCACGAACCAUCACUCUAUACUGCUUUGUCUCCCAAUCAGUGCGUAGCAGCAUGUAUGCAAACUGAUGGGAAGAUCAAACUCCGCUACAUGGACUAUACGCAUGGCUCUCUCUCCGCCGAGGACCCCGAUCCUCAGUAUUCCGCUGCUCUCGCAGCCCUCGCUUUACAAACUUCAACAGCUGCGAACCAGUACAUCUCGAGUGAUGACAUAUUCUCCAUAAUCGGAACUCUUCCUGCGUCCCGAAAAGACGAAUUUAUAAAGCUCAUGUUCCAAUCACUUUCCGUCUCGAUUGACUGUGGGAUCGACGACCAAUCUUCAAACCAUCUCAUUCUCCUCGGACGAUCUCCAUUCUUCGUGAAAACGCUUUCCGCUAUUCACGUACUUGGCUUACAAGGUAAAAUCUCUCGUUCGCUCUCCUCCGAAGUUGCAUGGAUGAUUCUCAAUAUCAAAUACAUCACUCAGAUCGUUACAACUAUUGCUCGGAUGCACGGACAAAUCGACAAGAACCCCUUACGCCCAGAAAUGGUGCCUCAAGUCGUUGGUCUUUGUCAAUGGAUCAUGCACUUCAUGACGUACGUGAUCGAUGACCUUUUGGAACUCAGUCGGGGACUCACAAGAUCUGACGCACCACCUCUUACUAAGGCUAUUCUGGAAGCAGCUUUACAUGAAUCCAAAAGGCCUGCGCUUCUCUUCCUCCUAUCUGGAUUUCCCCGUACGCUGCUCAAGCUUUGGACACAGCCACUGCAAUGGGUGAUGCGCUCUGCGGCCACAUAUUCCAAUGGCAGUGCACCACCGGAAAUGCGGAGACUGUACACACCAUUGCAUACCGCUCUGCAUGAAGCACCUGCAGAUUUCCGGCAAUUCGAUCAUCUGAUCAGGGAGGUAGAGCAUCUUGUUCGCGGCUGCUACCGUCGAGAUCCGCAGACGAGUAAAGAGGGUAAAGAGGGUGAGGCGGCGCGAAACCAAGCGGAGAGAGAACUACUUGCUGGCCGUGUUCCGGACGUACUAUGGCCUGCCGCGCGAAAGCUGGUGGGCGAAUCUCUAUGGGGCCCGGCACAAGGCAGAGGAGAGACUAAUGGAGCCGCGUGUUUCGCUGAUAAAGUGGAUGUGGCCAAGAUCACCUUUUUCGAUACCACGUGGCUAGGCUUCACGGAUUCCAAGCGCGCACAAGCUUACUUUGACACGCAUGUUGUGGAUGUUUGCCAGAAGAUUACAAUUAGAGGGCCAGGCGCACAAUCGCAUCCCAGCGCACCUAGUCACGGUGGAAGGAAUAGGAGCGAUAGUUUGCAGAGCGCAAGCGGGACUGGAGGAUUAGAUGACAACAAGAAGAAGGAAAGAAAGUUGAGGCGCUGCGUCAGAUGCAGCGCGUGUAUGGAAGACGUGCUGAUGGGCCUACCUGGCUACGCGGCUACUCAUGUUAGCUGGCUGAUGGGUGUUGCAAAACAUUGCAUCUGUGGGAACAGCUGGAUGCUGGCAUCUGACAAGGACCUGUUGAAGUGA